CGCUGCUGCACAAAGCAGAGACAUUAUUGGAACAUUUUUAGCCACAUUUUCAAAUCAAGACUUUUGCUGUAGGGUUAAGAAGAGACUCACAUCCCAAAGGAUUAAAGGAGGAAAGAGCUGCCGACUCAAAGGGGACGGUUCAAAGGACAGACUGCAUCCCCACGUGGGUUUCUGAAAAACGAAUAUGGCCUUUUCAUCCGGAAAGCACAAAUCCCUCUCCCCCCUCCUCCCCCUCCUCCUCCUCCUCUGUGUCCCUCUCACCUGUCUGUGUCAGUCAACCAGCAUCAGCUCAACCAUUCCCACCGUCAACACUUCAACCACUUCCUCUCCCCCUUCAGCCGGUACUUCCCUGAUGAGCGUGCCAGGCUGCGGCAAAGGACUGAACCCCAUCUACAGGUAUCUGUGCGACCGCCGGGCAGCGUGGGGGAUUGUACUGGAGACCUUGGCUUCUUCAGGCUUCCUGUUCAGCAUGGUUCUCCUCCUAGGCCUGCUGUUCUGGUCCCUCUGGAUCUGCGUCUCAUCCAAGCACCAGCGCAGCAAUAUCGGAGGCACAGUGGCCUGCAUGUCCAUGUUCUUGUUGGCCACGGCGGGGAUCUUCGCCAUCACCUUCUCCUUCAUCAUCCGCCUCACCCCUCAGACCUGCCCCACAAGGAUCUUCCUCUUCAGCGUGCUCUUCUCCCUGGCCUUCUCCUGCCUGCUGGCUCGCGCUCUCGCCCUGCUGGGCUUCGCGGCUACCCGGGGCUGGGGAGAGCCCGCCGUGGCCCUGGGGCUCUUCACCGUGCAGGUUAUCAUCUCCACACAGUGGCUGAUCCUCGUGUUGGUGCGGGAGGAGAAGCCCUGCGAGUACAGCCAGGAGGAAUUCGUCAUGCUGCAGAUCUACGUGCUGUGCCUCCUGGCCAUCAGCAUAAUCCUCAGCCUGCACUUCCUGUGCCGCUCCUGCUCCACGUACAGCUACAGCUACACGGGGCCCAUCAACCAGCAGGGGAGGGUACAGGCCGCCAUGCUCUGCCUCACAGUGCUGCUGUCCGCCUGCAUCUGGGUGGUGUGGAUCACUAUGCUCACCAGAGGAAACCCUGAGGUGGGCCGCCGGCCACUAUGGGACGACCCAGUGCUCUGCAUCACACUGGUGGCCAACGGCUGGGUGUUACUCCUGGGGCACGGGUUAUCCCAGGUCGCCUUCCUCUGCAGGGGGGAGGCCAAGUCCAAGGACAUUCCUUUGAGCUUCGCCGGCUGGACCAGCCCCAGCGCUGAUAUCCCCGAGCUGAACAGUCCGAAGGAGGGAAAAGAAAACGGAAGCUUUGAGACUGAUGGCGAGAACAGGAGAGGCAGGAGAGCCGAUCCGGCGCUGCGGUCACCCUACGAGUCUGGAUUCUCCAUGACAGAAAUCGACCCCGACAAAGAUUACACCAUUCCUCGCCCUCAGACCACCAACUACAGGGAACCUUACGAUGAAUAUUAUGGACAAGAUUAAAGUCACAUCCCUUCUCUGUCAGAUGAAACUGAUACCAAAGCCAAAGCUGAGGAUGACCUCAGCUCCUGCACUAAUCUGUACUCCAAGUACUUGGCACAAAAAUAUUGUUUUUCUGCGUUUCAUUUCCUUCUGCAAAUGUAAAUAUUUCUGCGUAGUGUUAUAAGAAAUGUUAUUGCAAAUCUGUCAGUAGGAUGUAAAAUCCUCGGUCGACUCAGCACUAUGACUCAUCUGCUGGAGUUUCAUCAUCGAGGCCGGAUGGGUCCAGACAGUCCAGCUUUCUACUGGCGGGAAAUCCACAUCAUAAAUACUUAGCGGAAGUGAAUCUUUAUGCCGGUGUGUGUGUGUGUGUGUGUGUGUGUGUGUGUGUGUGUGUGUGUGUGUGUGUUUGUGGUGUGCUAGCCUGAGAUGGUAUAUAAUAGCCCUGAGGUGAUAGAGGAGGCGUGAAACUGUCACUCUGAAGGUGCCAAACUGCUGAGCAGAGCAGAGCAGAGGCAUCUGUGAACGAAAGAGAGGAGGGAUGAAAGGAGAAGGAAUGAGGAGAGAG